AUGGCCCGAAUUUACGGCUUGUUUGGCGGCAUUGUCACCGGUCUGUCUGUGACGUAUUGCACAGCAGUCAAGAUCCGCAAAAACACCCAAGACGUCUGCAGCGAGCUCCAGCUAUCCCAGCUGCUUGCAGAGAACAAACCCGUGAUCACGCGGCCCUACACCGACCCCAUCAAUUUGCAGACUCGCAGUCGCAAAGACAUUAUUGUGGACUUGUGGGACUCUGAGGUUAUCAAGGCGAUUCAGUGGGUCUAUUCUCUCGGUAAAGCAUAG